AUGACGACGAGGACUCUGCGGACGCGACCAAGUCCCCGGGCAGCCAUUCCAAAUGCGACCCCGACUCAGCCCAAAAAAUCGGCACAGCCGAAAAAUCCCGUCGACGUCGAUUCGGAGGGCAUCGACCGUUAUGAAAAGUUUUAUAAUGUUCGUUUUUUUGAUAUUUUUAUUCAAUUUAUUAAGUUUUCUCGUUGAUAUUUCGUUAAAUUAGUUCUUUUCUGCGUUAUUUUUAUAGCAAAAUCUGAUUUAAAAAAUUUCAGAGUUGUAUUUUUUCUUUAGUUCUGAGGAGGAAGCCUGAUUUUAUUAGAAAAUCCUUUUUUUCUGAAUUUAGCCGUGGAGCGCACUUGGAUACAAUUUUUUUCGUGUCCGACCCGGACGUUUCUAUGCAACUCUAGGGAUCACUUAAGAAUAUUGACGCCACUGAAGUGGUCACUAGAAAUGAUCAGAAACGCCCCGAGUUUUUUUUUUUUGAUGAUUUCUAGGUGUUUAUGUGUACGAAAUUUAUUGGAAAAAAAUAUUUUCUGAUAUCUAGAUUUUUUUGGUUUGAACUCAUUUUUUUGCAUUCGAUUUUUUUGCAAAAUACAAAAAAAUUUUUCAGAAAUUUGAACGACCCCCAUUCGCGCCAAUUUUCUUCCCGACCGAAGAGGAAUUCUUGGACCCCAUUCAGUACGUCGCGAAAAUUCGCGACGAAGCUGAAAAGUACGGCGUCGUGAAGAUUGUCCCUCCUGUGGUGAGCUGAAGUUCUAGGCUUCAUAAAUUCGAGUAUUUGGCUCAGAAAAGCAUCCUGGUCCUUAUUUUGACCUUAGCAUUCUAAAAAGUAUCCGAAAAAAUCUUUAAAAAAUUAAAAAAAAACUCUUAUAUAGCCAGUGUACCGUGUCUUGAAAUUUCACUGUACGACAUUCCGCUGUUCCGCUGCGUGCGGUCGCGAAGCGUUUUUGCUUUUACAAACCUUGGUUGCGCUUCUGGUUUUUUUUUUUCAGUACUUGAUUUUCACGUGUUCCCAGAUACCAGCAAUGAUAACCAAAAAAAAAGCGCCGGCUCGCAAAGGCAAAUACGCUUCGCGACCGCACGCAGCGGAACAACGGAAUGUCGUUCGGUGAUAUUUCAAGUCGGGGCACACAGAUUAUAUUUAUAGCAUCUGAAAAUUAAUUUUCGAAACAUUGGUAAAAUGAAAAGGAUUCUGGAUAGGUAAAACAGAUAAUUUCUUAUUGAAGGUCCUCAGAAGGAACUGAAAAGGAUACCCUAAAAGUUUCCAAAAUUAGUGGGGACCAGCUUUCUAAUCCCCUUUUCUAUGGCUUUGGAGGACUCUCUGGCACCGUUUUAUUAGGAAUUUAUAAUGGAUAGUAUUUUUUUAAAUUUUAAAAAGUCUGUGGUGACCCUUAGAAGUUCUUUUCAGGAACUCUUUUUGAGAAGCUUUUUCAUUUCUUAGGGGCCUACGAGAAAGUUCGGAAAAAAAGGCCUCUAGGGCUUCUUUUUACAGUUUCAUACGAUCAUUGUUUGUUCCCUCGAAGGAUUUUCAGCUGUUUCUCAGCAUAAUUCCAUCUAAGAAGUGAAAAAGUUGGGAUUUAUCGGUGAUAAUUGAAUGAUAUUUUACUUUCUGACCGAUAUCAAUAAGCAAAAGUCAAAAAAGCUCUUUUAUGGUGCCAUUUUGCGCCAUUUCACUCACUCUUAUGUAUCAUUUUCGCUGCAUUUCCAUCCUUUUGGAAUUUUCGAUAUUUGGCUAGAAUUCAAGGAGAUUUACUUUUUUGUCAUCAUUUUCCGGCCUUUAGAGUUUGUGAAAAAGAUGGAUUUUCAGUCAUUCAAACCGCCAUUUGUACUGAACAAAGACGAGUUCACCUUCCGGCCCAGGAUCCAGAGGCUCAAUGAGAUUGAGGCGGUUAUCAAGGAGAAAGCGGUUGGUUUUUUUUUUGAAUUUGUGAUUUUGUUAUAUGAUCUGUAUAAAGUUGUUUCAUAGCUCUGUUAGGUUUUUAUUCAUUUAUUUUCGCGUCAGGAACUUUUUUUUAAAUGAAUCUAUGCUCCCUUGAAGUAAAUUCUCCUUUUUGACCGUUUUCUUAUUUAUUUUGUGAUUUUUCUCUUAAAGUCAACGUUUGUUCGAAGAAAUAUAUGAAGAAGAAAAAGAAAAUAACAUUUUUAAGUGAAAGAACAUGAAAUGUUUGCCAUUAAAAACGAAAUUUGAACCAAAAAUCAUGCUUUUUCCUGUGCCGAGCAUAUUUUUUUUUCAAAUCAGAAACCAUAAUUUUGAUCUUAUCUCAAAUUUUCCAAAUGCAUGGACACCAAUAACGUAAAUAGGAUGCGUCCCGGAUGUUUCUGAGAAUUUCUAGGGGCCACUUUAGCGUCGGCUCUUAAGUGAACGCUAGACUAGAAGCACGAUACCAACCCCUCCCCCCCCCUAAAAAAAUGGAAAUCUCAAUUUAGAUUUUUUUCGUAGACUAUCCAGCCACUUGGACGUCGAUCCCGGACGUUUCUGAGAAUUUCUAGGGGCCACUUUAGCGUCGGCUCUUAAGUGACCCUAGAUUUGAAAUAUUCCUUGAAUUGAACAUGAAUAUAGCAAUAUAUUAUACCUGGUUUGAAGUAAUAUUCCCGAUUUCAUAGGGAUCUCUGAUUCUCCAAAGUUUCAGUUGUAUUUUUCCCUCUCUGUCCCGCUGAAUUUGAUUCUACCUAGUCUAGAAAAAAUUCAAUUUUUUGAAUAUUUAAAAAGAAAAUUGGUAGAGUUUUAUCAUGUUCCAGACGUUCAUCGAACGGAUAAUCAACUACAACCGCCUCAACGGCUACAGCGACUACGCGGCUGUCGAUGAGCUCGGACGUCCUCUCGAUUUAUAUCGACUUCAUAAGGUUUCCUUCCAAAGUUUUCCAUUCAAAUUGACCUUUUUGCACAAAUUAUUGCGAUCAAUUAGAAAAUUUGGGAUUUUCCAGUAGAACUCCUUCUAAUCGUUCUUAUUAGUCUCGGAAAUCGAUGCCGGGCCUGGACUUUUUUAAAACCAUUUCUAGGGACCGCUUUAGAGGCGUCCGUACCCUUAAGUGAUCCCUAGAUUAGAAGAUUAGAACCAAUAGUUCCGAAAACUAAACAAAAUUUUUCAAGUUAUUAAGAUUUUAUCCCGAAAAACUUCCAUCGAUAACGAAAAUAGAACGCGUCCCGGGCGUUUUCGGGCAUUUCUAGGGACCAUUUCAGUGUUGACUCUUAAGUGAUCCCUAGAUGAGAAGCGCGAAACCACCCCCUCCAAGCUAGAAAACUUAACUUUGAUCUUAUCUCGGAAAUUUUCCAAAUGCAUGGACACCAAUAACGUAAAUAGGCCAGGCGUCCCCCUUCAAAAAAAUUGAGAUGUUAAUUUAGAUUUUUUUCGUAGAUUUUUUUCAGCCACUUCGAUCUUAGUAAUGUAAAUAGGACGCGCCCCGGAGGUUUUUUUGAGCAUUUCUAGGGACCACUUUAGCUUCGUCCCUUAAGUGAUCCCUUGACUAGAAGCACGAAAACAGGGCACCACUAACGUAAAUAGGACGCUUCCCGGACGUUUCUGAGCAUUUCUAGGGUCUGAACACUUAAGGGAACCCUAGAAAUGCCCGGAGCGCGUUAUCAAGGUCCGAGGUUUCUAUAGCCGAUUCAAGGAAGCUUAGAAAGUUAGGGGCGUGGCUUGUCUGCGCUCUCAACCAACCACCCACUCUCUCUUUUUUCUUAUCCUUUUUUCAAGAUUUAAUGAAACUUUUCUGUAGUUAGAACAGCCGGACCACUUUUUUCCCUAUUUUUUCAGAGUUGUUUGAUUUUCAGCUUGUCACCGCCUACAAAGGCUUCGAUGAAGUGACGAAGAAGAACCUCUGGGGGAAGAUCGCCGAAAAUAUGUGGAAAUUGACCAAAACGCCUCCCGCAACCUUUGCCCCAUUCCUCAAGAAACACUACGCCGAUCAUUUGAUUGGCUUUUUGAAGAAUGUCAAGGUUUUUAUUUCAUUUUAGGAAUGUUUAAGAGAAACUUUUUUCCAGGACGAACCAAAAAACGACGUUUUCGACAACGACUUCGAGGAGGAAGACGAGAAACAUCGCUAUCAACACCAUCAUGGCGUCAAAAAAGAGGAGGUCAAGACGGAAGAAGAAGAAGUGGAGGAACAGCAGCCGGAGUGCUCCUUCAUCAUGCAGGUUGGUUGAAAAUUGAAGUUUGCAUUCCUAGGGACCACUUGAGGGACCAGGCUUUUUGCUUGAGACCCCGAAAAAUUCGAAAAAUGUUAAAAAGCAGAAACGAAACAUUCAUACAUGGGCAGACCAUUUUAAAAUGUCCUCCCAAUUUUUUUUAAAAAUUAAAGUUGAUACUACCUCCCUGAGGCUAAAAAUUGAAUAAUUGUGGCCGAAAAUACCUCCUGGAGGUUGAAAACUGAAUUUAUUCCUGAUUUUGUAUUCCAACGCCUCCUCCCGGGCUGAACGAGCUCUGUAUUUGCUCAUCUAUAGAAACAGUUUCUAGUUGCGCGUCAGGCCGGGCCAGCCCGAUUUUGCGAUGAAGCCCGAGCGGGCUCGGGCCGGGCCAUCUUUCCAAUAAAUUUUUAAGUUCCAUUUGAAAUUUCCUUUUGAAUAAAUGCAUUUCUACUUGUUAAAUCAUAGUUUUUGUUGAUAUGCAAGCAAAAAAAAAGAAUUAAAAUCGGGAUUUGUGCCGUUAAAAUGUACGAAAUUUGGAAAUAACAGAGGUCUUGAAGCGAAACUCAGUCAAAUUGAUGCCAAAAGGACUUUUUUCUAGAAAAAAAGAGACUAGCUUGCGUGGAAUGAACUAUGGCUUGCAAGAUACAAAGACUUGAGAAAAAAUCCUUCUAAUGAACGGCCUCACAACGACAUGCUGAAGCUGUGCUCUAUGGAUUUUUCAAAAAAAUUUUACUGCCUUUUUUCGUCGAAAAUUCAUUUUACUAAUACCGUUCUGGUUAGAUUUACAUUUGUAGGAUGUAAAAUUUUUGCAAAAUAUUCUGGUCAAGUUUAAAUUUUUUACUCAAAGCUUCUCAAAUUUCUUAAUUUUCGAAUCGAAUUCUAAAAAUAUUACUCGAAAAAGUGGAAACAACCUUUUUCCAUUUUUUUUUCCCCCGUGAAUCAAUCAGUUCUUCAUUUCUUUUGAGUGAAUGAUUCAAGGCUUUGGAUUCUUAAAAGUAGCCUAAUUUUUGUGAAUUCGUUGGGAUUUUUAAAUUCAUUGUAAGACAGUGUGCGAAAAGAGCAGCUUCAAACACGUUUCUGGAUUAUUUUUUGUCCUAAAUUUUGAAGUGUAAACGUCCGCAGAAACUUCUGAACCUGAAAGUAUAAAUCUACGAGAGCUAAUAUAUUUUUUAAUCAUUAUAUUUCUAGGGAAGACGUCGAAUGAGUGCCGGAAAAGGCAAAACGAAGCGACCCUCCGGAAGGAUGAUGGCCGGACUCUCGCGAGAAGAGAAAACGCCGGUCUCCGCUAAGAAGACCAACAAGAAAAUCAGUAAUAUAAUCAAAAAAAAUUCACAAUUUAUGCUAUUUUCCAGAAAAAGAGGAGGAAAGAGACCCGAUGGACCUGGUCUACUGCUCCAAGUGCAGAAAAGGCGACCAUGAAGAUCUCUUGUUGGUCUGCGAGAUCGAGUCCUGCUCCACCGGAAUGCACACUUUCUGCUGCGAACCUCCCCUUUCCGUUGUUCCUGAGGUGAACUUUAAGUCGGGUCUUUUUGUACUAGAACAAGCUAUCGACAAAAAUACGCAAAAAUGACUGUCGAGAAAAACGCGAUACAUUGGCGACAUCGCGAAAGUGCUGCGAAGGUCUUGCAUUUUUCUCGGCGCGACAUCAUUUUGGACAUAUUCAAAAAUUUUUAAGUGCGAGAAAACUGCGAUGUCGCCCCCGGAGCGGCGGUACACUGGCGACAUCGCAAAAGUGCUGCGAAGGUCUUGCAUUUUUCUCGGCGCGACAUAAUUUUGAAAAUUUUCAAAAAUUUUUGAGUGCGUGAAAAAAGCGAGAAAAAUGCGAUGUCGCCCCCGGAGCGGCGGGAAAUUGGCGACAUUGCCAAAGUGCUGCGAAGGUCUUGUAUUUUUCUCGGCGCGACAUAAUUUUGAAAAUUUUUGAGUGCGUGAGAAAAGCGAAAGAAGUGCGAGGGCGCACCCGGAGCGGCGGUACGUUGGCGACAUCGCGAGAGUGCUGCUUUGUAGCCGCGCUGGUUUUGUGUUUCUCCUGGAGAUCGCACAGAUUCCACUGUGCGACAUCGCGAUUUGGAAAUUUUCAACUUUUUUUGAGUGCAUGUGAAAAGCGAGAGAAGUGCGAUGUCGCGUCCGGAGCGGCGAUAAAGCGGUUCCUUUGCGAAGUCGUCAAUUAACCGCCAGCGACUUUGUUUCUUUCUCUUGCGCUCUACUUGGUGGUUACACUGAAAAGAACUGUCGGGAGAAACGUAAGGCCGCUGUCGGUACUAUGGCGAUAUCGCGAAACUGCUGCACUAAUCCCGCGCCGGUCAUACAUUUUUCUCGGCGCGACAUCGCGAUUUAGAUGUUUUCAAUUUUCUCCGAGUGCGUGAGAGUAGCGAGAGAAGUGCGAUGUCGCGUUUGGAGCGGCGGUACAUUGGCGACAUCGCAAAAGUUCUGCGGUUUGGCCGCGACAUCGCGACGUGGAAAUUUGCUUUUUUUUUUUGAGCGCGCUCAUAGUUUUUUUUUGUGGGCUUUGAUACUUUUUUGAAUGGGCUUUCCGCGAAAAAAAAUUGGUUUAAAAAGGAAGCAAAUUUUCCAAAAAUCGACGAUGAUGGACCCUUGAACAACCUAAUAACCAUGCUUUUUCCAGGGCGAAUGGCGAUGUCCGGCCUGCGUUAAAGCCGUCGACGCGACUAUCGGCUCGAAUUGGGGAUUCUACGACGAUCAGUCGACCUCCUAUUCCAUCAACGAGUUUUCCGACUUUGCCAAUGACUUCAAAUGCCACUACUUUCAUGUCGAAAAUCCAACGGUUCUUUUUUUCUUUCGUCAUUGUUUUCACCGUUGUCUCCUCCAGGAUGUAUCGCCGGAAAAGGUCGAGGCGGAAUUCUGGAAGAACGUCAUUUCGGAGCAAGACGUCGUGGUGAAGUAUGGGGCCGAUCUGAUCACCAGCGAGGUUGGAGAAGAAGGAAAUGUAAAGAAAACAAUGGAGAGCCCAGGUCGGCAGUGGAUUUCCCCGGAAAGGCGACGAUCACAGCGGCCAUCGGGACAGCCGACAACGGGAAAUUUAUGCGGAUCAUCAGUGGAAUCUCAACAAUUUGCCGGUUCUUGAAGAAUCCGUCCUCUCCCAUAUCGAUAUCGGCAUUUCGGGUGCUUUUUUCUGCUUUGAAAUGAAAAGAGGAAGGGAAAUUAUGAACAUUAAUUCAGUCUUCUGAAGAAUUUUGUGUCGUUCCGCGAAAUAGCUAGGGGGCGUGGCCCUGUCUGCGCUCUCCACCAACCAGGCACUAUCUCUUCUUUGAUCGUGUCAGGACCCAUUUUUCGAAGUCAGCCGUGGAUCAGCUAUAGAUCGUCCUUUUUUUGAUAGUAGAAGACGAAUUUUGAGAGUUCCGCGAAACUAUAGUUAAUCAUGCGUAUAGCUAGGGGGCGUGGCCUGUCUGCGCUCUCCACCAACCAGGCACUAUCUCUUCUUUAAUCAUGUCAGGACCCAUUUUUCGAAGCCAGGCUAGAAUAAGUUAUAAUCAUCACGUCAUUUUUCUAUAGUAAUAUAAAAUUUUUGAGCUUUUGAAUGUCAAGUCGUCGCUCAAGCUCCGCCCCUAAUGGUACUAUAAACCAAUCAGAGAGCGAGCCAUUCACAUUCAAAAAGCCAAAAAAAAAAAUCUGAACAGACUAUAGCUCAUUCACGGCUGACUUGAGCUAACGAAAAAAGGGUUUUGACACGACAAUGCAAGAAAUAGUGCCUGGCUCGUGGAGAGCGCAGACAGGCCACGCCCCCCUUAGCGUCCCAAGCUAGAAGUGUUCUGGCAAAUUUUUGGGAACAGCCUAACCGAAAACGGAAAUGAUUUCCCUGGUUACUUUUGACAUCUCAACGUCUCAUUUGCUAUGGAAAAACGGUUAAAAUAAUCAUUUAUUUUUUUAAUAUGGAUUGAAGGAAUUAUACACCUUCUAGGAGUUUGAACGUUCAGAUUCUGAACGUUCAGGUCAUUAAGUUAACGAAAAAAAAAAGUUCAGAUUGGAGUUUAUAUGAUUUAGCUCAAAAUUUGCGUGGAAAUCUGUUGAUUUUGAAUUUUCCAUGUCAUCUUCCCUACAAUAUUCAGUUGAUUAUUUUACCAAAAAUUCGAUUCUCUUGAUUUAAAGUUCUUUAACAGAGAUUUGCGAUUUCGGACGAUUUUUGAUAGAGUAAUUUUCACUAAUGAAGAGGGUUUCAGUGAAUUUUUGUGGAUUUAUUCUACAAAAUAACUGAAAACUUUCAAAAUUUAGUUGUAUUCAAGUACGAGCAUUUUUUCUCGAAUUUUUUUCAAUUUUUAAUUUUUUCUAGGAAUGAUGGUACCUUGGGUCUACGUCGGCAUGUGCUUUAGCACAUUCUGCUGGCAUACGGAAGACCACUGGACCUACAGUAUAAACUACAAUCAUUGGUUUAUCGAAAUAGAAAGAAGAUAAAAACGAAAAAAGUUUAGGGGAGAGCCGAAAGUUUGGUACGGUAUCGGGGGCGACGACGCGGAGCUUUUUGAGAACGUAGGGGAAAAAUUCGGAAAGAAGUUAUUUCUCGUUUCUAGACGGUUCGGAAGCUGGCGCCGGGCCUGAGCGGGCGCCAACGGGACCUCUUCCAUCACAUGACCACAGCCGUCAACCCGGCUUUGCUCCGGAAACAAGGCGUUCCUGUCCACAUGGUUCGAGAUUUUUCAGAAAGCUAGAUAGAUCUAAAGGCACGGUGUUUUUGUUACUGGGAGAAAAUGCAAAUCCAAAAAUGAAGGGGCGUGGUCAAAAUCUCCGCCGUUCCCAUGUGACGUCAUGGGAAACAAGCGUAUAGUCUGUUCAGAUUUUCAAUGUCAACUGCAAUGACGUCAUUCAAAAACACUCUGUGGAUGGCUCGCUCUCUGAUUGGUUUAUCGCAACAUUAGGGGCGGAGCUUGAGCCACGACUUGACAUUCAAAAUCUGAACAGACUAUAAACAACAGGGAAUAUUAAAGGCGCAUCAAUGGGUCCCGAGACGAAUCUAUUUCUCCUUUUAAAAAACGCAAUUUUUCUGUUUUUUUUUGUGUUUCAAAACACAUUCCGUGUUGUAAUUAAUUCCGCGGAAUUCAAAAUAGCCACCAGAGAGUGAAACAUAUAACAGAAUUUCUGAUUUUUUUUUUUCAUGUGCGAGAGCGCCGCGGUGCAUGAACACGACACACUACAUUUUACGGAAAAAAUAUGUGUCGCCAAAAAAAACCGCCGUGAUUGGACAUUCGAAUUUGUCACAUUAAACAAAGUAGGAAAAACCACAGUGUACCGAUGUUCCUUGCGCGCUUCGCUUUGAGACCCGCGAUCUGAAUUUAUAAGCUUUAUAGUGUGUUCAAAGAGCAAACUCCGCUGGCCCACUCUCUGAUUGGUUUGAUCUACAAAAAAGGGGCGGAGUUUGAACUAUGAACUUGACGUUCAAAUUCUGAAUAUAUUAUAGUAGAUUCAUGGCUGAAAGAUGGGCGUGGCCUGUCUGCGAUCUCCACCAAUCAGGCGCUCUCUCUUUUUUUUUAUCGUGUCAGGACCCUUUUUUCGAUGGCUCAAGCCUUUUCAGUUGCUUUCCAACAUUUUUUUAUUAAUGGAUGUGGAAAAGAGGAAAAAAUGAAGUGAGAAAAAUUUACUAGGGACCCGUAGAAAAUCGUACUUUUUUUUUUUGAAAAUGAGCUUUCGAGCAACUUUCCGUUUGUCCCGAAGAAGAUGAUAUUUAAUUUUUCUUCCAAAUUUUUCAUCAAAUUGACGCGAAUUGCGUUAGAAACCGCAAUUCAAGUAACCAUGUGAAAUUUAGAUCCCAGAAAAAAAAGUAUGGUAUCAAAUUAACCAAUUUUUCAGGUGAGACAAAACGCCGGCGAAUUCGUGGUCACUUUCCCGCGGGCGUAUCAUGCCGGCUUCAAUGAAGGCGUCAACUUUGCUGAAGCCGUCAAUUUUGCUCCGGUUGAUUGGGUUAUUCUUUUAUUUGUCGUUUUUUGAAAGUAUCAUUUUUCUGAGACUUUCUAGGGUUAGAGGCUUUUAAGUGAUCCCGAGAAGUGCUGAGACACGUUCGGGGCGCGUUAACUUGAACUAUUGGUUUUCAGUUUAGAGUUGAGGAAAAUUCGAUAUUUCAAAUUUUAACUUGACAUAAAAUUGGUAGAUAAUACCCCAAGGGAAAAUCCUGUCAAUUUGAAAGAAAAAUCUUCUUUUUUUGCUAAAUUUCAAGAUUUCACAUAGUCUAUCCUUCCUCAAUUUUUACGUGAUUUUCAUUUUCCUCGGAGCUACAGAAUUUUUUUGGGAAGCUUCCCUGUGAUUUGCGGGGCCUUUCUCUGCAUAUGCGCCUUUAAUAUGAUGGGUCAAAUUAAAGGCGCACGCACACAGGCAGGCCACGCGCGUCGAAGCGAAGGGUUUUGUAGCUUGGAGAAAAGUGAAAAUCGUGACAAUCUGACGAGGGAUAAGAUCUAUUGAAGUUUUAUCAAGUUGCUCUAGUUGGAAUUUCUAUUUCAGUUGAGCAAAGGGCGGUUAUGCGUAAGCGAAUACGCAUCGGUCCGACGUUGCUGCGUCUUCUCCCACGAAGAAUUGGUAAUGAAAAUCGCGAGUUCCUGCGAUACGCUGGGAAUCUCGACGAGUCUCGCCACUCUGGAUGAGCUCAUGGAGGUAUCACCAGAAAGGCAAUGAUCAAGAAAUAUCGAUUUUCCAGAUCUCCCGACGUGAACACAGACUCCGCCUGAUGAUCUCCAACCACGGGGUAAAGAAGGAGAGACGCGAGCUUUUCGAGGAGAAAAAUGACGAUUUCCGAGCUUGUCGGUGCGUUUUGAAACUCGGAUAAGGAUAUUUUUGAAAAUAAUUUUGAAAUCGAUUCAGGAUUUUCGCAAGGUGCGGAGUAAGAUUUUGAUGACUUAUAAGCUGAAAGUGUAGAAAAUGUCGAUAGUAUAAUGGAAAGGGUGAGACAAAAAAAUCUACUUUUUAACUUGGAUUUUGAUAUUUUUUUCAACCUAAAAAAAUGUGGUAAAUUUAAGCUUUUUUUGUUCAAUCUUUCAAUGGAAAGGAUAUCAAUAGUCUAUAUUCGAAAAAUUAGAAAAAAAAGGUCUAAAAUUGUUUUUCCUUGGUUUUUAUCAGCUUUACGAUUUUGAAGCUUUGAAAGCUUUCCUCAAAAAGUUUAGUUUGUUAAAAUUGUGAAUGUCAUGAAGCUCCGCCCCUUUAUGGCGCGAUAAGCCAAUCAGAACGCGAGCCAACCACAGAGCGUUUUCGAAUGACGUCAUUGUGAUAGACGUUAGACAGUAUAUACUGUAGUUCUCUGCCUCCUCCUCGUCUCUAGACGACCCUCUCAUUUUGACGAGCUGUUUUUAUGUCUCUCUGACCUCGCCGGUGAGGGAACAGAGAGACGCAGACACUCGAAAAGCACCCCCCUGAAGUUAAGGGUAUUCCGAAAUUCAGUCAAAUGGUUUCAGGGUCUGCAAAACGACCGUCUACCUCUCUGCGGUAACCUGUGCUCAUGACAGAAUCGCCUGUCUCCAACACCACAAACUCGUCUGCAAAACCUGCCCGAAGUCCCAACUUCAGCUCCUGUCAGUACCAAAUAUUGGCAUAUUUUUGACAGAUUCGUGUAUUCUUAGUUAUCGGUAUGACUUGAAAGAACUCCUACCUUUCAUUGAGAAGUUGGAACUGAGAACCAUGCACUACUCCGAGUGGAAGAGUCGGAUCGACGCGAUCGUUCAGGGCGAUUUCGAAGCGGGUUAGUGGGAAAAAAGGGGUUGUAGAGCCUUUCGGAACAUUUUGGAAACUUCUGGAACAUUUUGGAACCUUCUGGAACCUUCUGGGUCCUUUUAGAACUUUCUAGAGCCUUCUGGAACAUUUUGGAACAUUUUGCAGCCUUGUAGAAGAAGAUGGAACGAGUUUUAAAAUUGAUCCCUAUGACGUAAUGCAACCGUAAGGUUUAGAAAAGGAUAGAAUAUUCUAGAACGACCUUUACAUAAUCGUGAUUUUUUAAAAAUAGUUAUAGCCAACUCCGCCACGAUUUUUUUUAUCCUCCGAGCCACAGAACCCUUCUCUUCGAUACUCGCGCCGUGUCUCUGGGAAUGCGCCUUUAAAUUAGCUCACAAGUUUUUUUUUAUAUUAAAGGCGCAUGGACGCGCGUAUCGAAAAAAAAGGCUUCUGUAGUCGUGGCAAGCGGAAUGGGCUAUUACGAAGCUUGGAGGAAAUUAUUAAAACCUGAAAAAAAGUGGUUUUUGAGAAAAAAAAAAUCUUACAGGUCCUUUAUUUCAUAUAUUUUUGUUUGAGGCAAUAUAAGACAUUUUAAAAAAAUUUUUGAAUUUCAUUAAUAGCCGUCUUGAUCACCAAAAAAAGGCAAUUUUUCAUUAAAAAGGUUCGCAUUUUUUUACUCAUUUUUAAGCUUACGAAAAACCUGCGCAUUUUAAAAAUUUCAUUUAAAAAAACUCUUUGAAGCUCAUUCUAUUGGCGCAUAAAAUGGGACUUUGAAGCUUAUUUUCUUGAAUUCUAUCUUCUCAUUGUUUCAAACUUCUGAAAAAAACUUUUUUUAACCCAGAAUUUAGAAGAAAAAAAGGAGAAAAGCCGUGCAUCUCUAUUGUGUGAGAAAUAAAACAUUUUGAUUAGAAAAAAAAAAUCUCCUCCCGAAUCUCGGACAAUUUAUUCAUUCUUUCUCGUAAUCAUUGGAUAUUCCAGAUAUUCGGCAACUCGACGAACUCUUCGAGCAAUCCCGAAAAGAAAGAUUUCCCAUGUCGGCGAACUUCCGCGCGGUCUGUGCUUUUCGAACUCAAGCACGGUCGGCCAUCGAAAAAGCCAACAAGAUUCUCAACGGGAAAGUUCGGACGAGGUUUCGGAAGAGUUUCAGAAAUGAAAAGUGUUCGAAUUUUAAAGGGUCAAGACGCGGAUCCAACGAGCCGACACUCGAUUGGACCUCGAUGAGUUGAUCGAUUUCAUCGCCGAACUCCGGAAAAUGCCCUGCAAGCUGAAGAUCACCAUUGCCGAGCUGGAGGUUCAUUUUUCGGCCCACUAUUCGUUGAACACAAUUUUUUUUUCACGUUUUACCCUCCCCUUUUUUUUACAGUGUUUUCUAGCGGGGGGCUUAAUUAGGAAUUUUAUGAUCAUUUUGAAACUUGCUAUAAGCUUUUGGAUUGACCCUCAAAAAUCCAGUGAACCUUCGAAAAAUGAAGAAAAAGAAAAGUAACCCGCGCCAAUCAGAAAACUUAGUUUUUCUGGAAAUUUAUUAAAAAUCAUAUGAAUCAACUUCAGUACAGCUUUUAUUUCAAAUUCAAGUAUUUGAAAAUCUUUUUCAAUUUUUAGGAACUCGUUCAAUCGAUCAAAAAAUGGCAGAAACGGGCUGCCGAGGUCAUCGCUGAAGUGAAAAAAAUGUUGGUUUUUUUGCUCGAUAUCAAGAUUUUUUUAAUAUUUCUCAUUCAGUUCGACGGCACUUUGACCACAACCGAUGAAGUUUUAAAGCUGGUGGAAAGUGGCGACAAUUUCGAUAUUCGAAUCCCGGAGCUGGAGAAUCUCAAAAAGGUGAAAAAAUAUUAGAAAAAUAGUAAAAAAAAAUUUUAUCGAAUUUUCUCUCGAUUUUUAGAUUGUUUUUUGUAAUCAGGGGGUUUUUAUGAGAAUUGUAAUGAUUAAAAGGAUUGAAAAUACAGGAAAUUAUCUUGUAAAAUCGAAAAUAAAUGCUCAAUGACUUGUAAAAUGAUUUUUAGGUGACCUAGACUUCAAAGCUAAUUAUUUAAUUGACCCUAUUGCUCAGAUUUUUUUUUUGAAAAGCUCUGAAAGGCAAAUUUUGUAGCUUGAAAGGGUUCAAUAAAUGUAGAAAUUUUUUUCCGGAUUUUUUUUGGCUUGAACCAUCGAAAAAAGGGUCCUGACACGAUAAUGAAGGAGAUAGUACCUGGUUGGUGGAGAGCGCAGACAGGCCACGCCUUUUUUUGCUAUACGCUGCUCGGAAAAAAAUAAAAAAUAAAACAGUGAUCACAAAAAAGUCAGUUUUUCAUUAUUCGAACUUCCAGGCCUCGGAAAUGAAAGAGUGGCAAGCGAAGGCGAGUGCGGUCCUGGCCUGGGAUCCGACGACGGAAAUGGAGGACGACCCCGAGUUCGAGAACCGGCAACGGUGGUCCACCGACUACGUCUUCAAACUGGUCUCCGACGCCGGACGUCUUCUCGACUGCACGUCUCCGGAUGGUCCGGCCAGUCGACUUCAUUCCAAAAUGCGGGCCGCCAUCGAGCAUGAUCAUGAGGUUCGGGAAUAAAAUCAGCUUGGGCUUCAGCGCCAGCUUAUUAAGAUUUUUUCGAGCUAUUCAAUACUUUUCUUAGUUACGCGCGGCUUGUCCCUACGCAUGCGCCUUUAAUAUGACGAAAAAAAAAAUUAAAGGCGCAGCAUAUUGUUUUUAAAUUUUUUUUUUUCUCAUACUGUUUUACGAAGUAAAUGAAGGGAGUUUACGGAGUAAAUCAAAUGAAAAUUGAGGAAAAUGCGUGUUCAGAACUUUUGUGAAUGCAUGAAAGAGGAAAGCGUUUUUUUUUCCAAAUUUAAGGGCCCGAAAAUAUUUUUGAUAUGGUAUUCAUACUUCAAGUUGGGUUUUUUUCUAUUCGAAUCCUUCAGGAAAUUAAAAAAAAUCGGUAUCAAACCUAAUAAAUUCCCGAGCAUUUUUUAAUUUUCGGAAAACAUAGGAUAACCGUCUUUCCCUGAAUAGGAUGCGAAUUUUUAAAAAAAAUCCCCACUGGAGAAUAUUGUGAAAAUCGACUAAUAUUAAUAAAUCCUUUUAAAAAAACCUUUUAACGAAUAUAAACAGCAGAAGAGGGGGUUUUUGUGAAGAUUAUUGACGAUUUCCUCGAAAAUCACUGUUUUUUUUUUGGGAUUUUUUCUGUAAAGUGUAGUGUGUCAUGUGCAUACACUGCGACGCUCUGGCACACGUCGCGUUCAACGUAAUUUUCGCGAAAUUACUUUCAACACGGCAUGUGUUUUAAAACUUAAAAAAAACAGAAAAAUCGCGAUUUUUUAAAUGAGAAAUAUAUUCGUCACGGGAACCAUUGAUGCGUCUUUAAUAUUUCCUGUUUUUUACGCGUUUUUCCCAUGACGUCACAUGUGAACGGCGAACGUUUUGACCACGCCCCCUUAAUUUUUGGUUUUGCAUUUUCUUUUACUAACAAAAAAGGUCGUGAAAUAGUAAUAAAAAGUAGAGUUAUUUUUAAAAAUUUUUUUGUUCACAGCGACUUCGGCGCUGAAUAAUGAACACAUCUUUUUGAACAAAAAAACACAAUUUUUUUCCUUUUUAUUCUUAUAAAUUAAAAAAAUGAUUUCCAGGCCAAGACGUUCAUGGGAGAGCCUAGAAUCGAAAAUCUGCAAGACGUCUGGAAAACUGUCCGCAAUUCGGAUUGGUGCACUUCUAAAUGUAUAAAUUUUGGGGAAUUUUUAAAAAAUUCUCGGGCUUUUCAGACAUUGACGAGCUGCGAUUGGAGGUUUUGAAAGUGUGCGAGGUGCACAAGCAGCUGCAAGACGCGACGAAGGUCCAUCCCACGACGUCGGAAUUCUCGAAGAGCCUCGAGAUCCUCGCCGCGAAGUUCGCCGAGAGCGAAUUCAGCUGCGCGGUCGUCGACGGCCUCAUUGGCCAGUGCGAGGAGUCGAGGUGGGUAUUGGGGCUGGAAUUUCCAUUUCGCGUUUUUUUGAAACAUAUAUGGGCAAGUACAGAACUCAUACUGCCCGGAAGAGGGGUUGGCUUCCGAAAUUCUGGAAAAUUAGGGAAUAAUAUCAGUUUUAGUCUCAGGGGGGUAGUAUCAACUUUCAUUUAGAAAAACUUGAAAGCAGAGGUCGGCAGCCUAUAAAAAUGGUCUGCCGAUGUUUUUUUUUGAAGUAGAAGUUUCCCUUUUUGCCCUAUCGCUUUGGGCCCCGUGAACUGAAAUUAUAAGACUUUUUUGAUCGAUAGAAAAAUGUGACAAGCUAGCGAAAGGUAGCAUUACGCAACCUUCCAAACAAACGGACAUUGAUGAUAAAUUCAUGUUCAAAACUUUUUCUGGUGGUUUUAAAGGCGCAUAGAUAAAAUUGAUGGAUUUUCCCGAAGCGAAGAGCCGUUCCCAGUGUGAUUUUUAUAGUCCGUCAGUUUUCAUGUGUCGCUCUGUUCCCUCACCGGCGAGGUCACAGAAACAUGGAAAUAGCACGUAAACAUGAGAGAGAAGUCGAGAGAUAAGGAGGGCGCAGAGAAAAACAACAGUUUCAAGUCUCCACGGCAUUCCUAAUGGGGUAAGGGAAAGUGAGCGAGGCGUCAAAGUUUCUGAAUUUACAAAAAAAAGUAAGUGCGCGCUUCGGAUAAAAGGACUGUGACGUCACAGCUACCUAUCGUUGCAAAGUGAACUGAGUAUUUAACAGCAUGAAGAAUACUUGAGGUUUCCGGUUUCGCGCUAAAAAAUUUUUGACGUAUCCACACCCCGUUUGGGAACGCCGUGCGAAAAACAGCCCGUGUGAAACUUUUGCAGCUUUAAAUUUCGUAAGAAGGACUAUAUUCGAUUUUCCAGGGUUCUGAAAGAGUCGAAAAUCUACAAGACGCUGCUUUCGAUCCGAGAAGCGGUUGUCAAGUUCACCGACCGAAUCUGCAAACUGUUCAAGCCCUCGCCUUCUUAUUAUAACUUGGUCGAGGUUCUGACCCCUCCAAAGAUCCCAGUUGAUUAUUUCACCAUCUCUCAGAUCAUUGGAAACCGCGACGACAUCGCCGAACUGACCGAAGGACAGCUUCUGCCGCGCGAAUUGCAGACCUCGUCCUCCCCGCCGAACCCCGAGGAAGAGUGGCACCAGCUCAACGAGUUCGACUCGGCCUCCGCCAUGAUCUCCCAUCAGAACAUGCUCAAAGCCCAGCAGGAAAAGCUCUUUGGUUCGAAUCUCCAGUUGAAGAAGAAUAACUGAGGUCUUCAGGCGCCCUCCAAACUGCGAACUCUUCUCGAUCCGUCCGCGAAACUUGCAUUUGUGCCGGCGGAGACAAGAAGCUCGUUGAAACGCCCGAUAAUGUCCUCUGUUGUCUCAUUUGUCGGGCCAGUUAUCAUGGUUAGUUCAAAAUGGAAGUCAGGAGAUUAUGAAGAAUAGCAGGUUUUCCCUACACAAGCCGUCCGAUUUCGAAAAAUAUCGAGAAAAAUAUUGUAACAGAUUAACUCCAUUUUUUCAGUGUCAUGUUGCGAUUGGACGCCGGUGCUGCGCGACAUGCCCGCAGGGGCUUUCCUUUGUGUCCGCUGCCUCCGCGGACGGAGGCCUUACCUCGCUGACGUCGAAGCAGCCUGCUCCGUCGCGCCGAGGAAGUCUCUCGAGGUGAGGUAGAUCCAAAGCGUAGAUCAGCACGUCCUUUUGGGAAUAAAUUAGACGAGUUUCGAGCUUUCCGACGGUCAGCUGCUUCUCCAUGUAGGGAAAGUACGGCGCCCAGCUGGCUCAGGGCUGAAGGCGUCGACUUGAAUCUCAGACCGAAAAAAGAGCUUGAACUUCUUUAUUUAUCAUCUUUCAGGUCGUACUCGUCCGGGAAUCAAUCGCCCGAACACAAUCCGCAUCCAAACAUGUGAUGGAAUCGAUAUCAAAGUACCAAGCCAAGAACUCGUCGCCACAGAUCUCGAAACAGUGCGUGGAACAGUCGAAGAUCUCUUUUCAAACGGAUUUUCAGGCUUCGAACUUCAAUCUUGGCAUUUUUGGCUUGUGAAGUACUGAACAACGAUGUGAUGCGAUUAGUCCUGGGUGUUUUGCCAGCCGUUUUCGGAGAUCUCAUCGAAAAACAGUCGAAGUAUGAGGAAUCUUGUGAUAACAAUUGAAAUUUAUUGAUUGAGCGAGCUUCGGAGAGCUUAGGAGCUCCUGAGUGGUCCCUAUAGUGGUUUGAGGGAAAAAAAAUCCCCUUAAGGGUGCGAAAAAGUGGUCCCUAUGGGGUUUCAGGUUCUGACCCAUUAGCCCAUAUAGCUUAAGUGGUCCCUGUAGGGGUUGUUCAUUUAUUUUCAGAAAAGGUUAAUUUUUUAGUUUUUCGCAUAUAGUUCAUAAAAAUUAUCGACCAGCAUGUUCCCUUUAGGAGCCACUGACUGGAACCCCUAUAGGGACCACUUUUGCGAGCUUUAGUGGUCCCUAGAAGUGAUUUUUAAGGGCCCCUAAGGUUUCCCUUCUAGGGACCGCUCUGGAGUUCCUUAGAGCAUCAAAAAAGUUUGUUCAGCUCCUUGACUCAUAAUUUCAAUGAUUCUUAGCCUAAAGGUCAUUAAUCUAUAACAUUCUCCGUAAGAAAAUCGUGGAUAUUGAUGAAAAUAUCUUUUGAAAAUCCAAUGAUUUUCCCAGAGCGUUCUCAACGUUGAUGUCCCGCCCAGCAAGGGCCACUCCGAUCCCAGUGCUUUUCGUUGUUGGAAACGGUCUGAUCAACGAACGGCUACGUGGAAAACGGUCUGGACAGAGCCAGAAAGAAGUCUCGAAGUAGGAAUAAACCUGUUUUCUCAUCUUCCAAAGACGAUUUCCAGAAAACAGCGCAAAAGAAGCGAUGUUUAUCUUCAUGAGGACGGUCAACUGUGUGACGCCGACUAUUGCUUGAACCCUUUUGGUGAGUUGAAAAUUCUCUGAAAGGACAAUCAUACAUCGGCUGGAUACUAUCCCAGCCGCAGUUUGAUAGGGGUAGGCCGCAGUUUGAUGGGGGGUAGACCGUAGUUUGAUGGGGGUAGGCCGUAGUUUGAGGGGUAGGCCGUAGUUUGAUGCCGGUGUAUGAGGACAAUGAAUAUCAUGAAGAGUAUACAAAACAGAAACUUUCGAAACUCUGAACAAAAACCAAAGAAAUCCGAACGUGUAGUUGAUUAAGUAGAAGGCCUGGUUUUACGAUCCUUCGCCUAGUUCAUCCAGUUGGGCCUUGACGAGCUCAGAAUGUAGCGAAUGCUGUAGCUGGAGCCCUGAGACCGAAAUAUUAGACCGAAACGGUCUUUUCUAUGCAAUCUGCGCAAUGUCUCAGAAAUAAGUUCUUACCUUCAGGAAAUAGCAUGUCGUGGGCGCAGUGCGAGUUGGGCUGCGACCGCUGGUUUCACUUUGUCUGCGUCGGUCGGCAAUGUUCCGCCUCCGAGCCCUACGAGUGUCCCAGUUGCACGGCGACGACGUCUUCCGAGACUGAAGCCGCGACCUCACGACAGUCCCUCGCCGUCUGA